GCAUGCGCUCAAUUGCCAGCUCAAUAUGACGUCACUAAUGAGUGCACUCACUGACUCCGCUGCAAAACCUGAGAGAUGAAGACUCCUCCAGACAGGACAGGAAUCAAGUUUGAGGUGGGCGCACAACUGCAGGCGAGAGACCGCCACAAAAACUGGUACUCUGCCACCAUCGACAAAGUCGACUACGACAAAGAACGCGUUCUCAUCCACUUUCGACGAUGGAGCCGCCGUCAUGAUGAGUGGUUUCACUGGAAUUCGCCGUACCUGCGGCCACUAGAGCGAGUCAGCCUGAGGAGGCGGCGGGGACUCGAUCCCACAAGCGUGUCGACGUUUGUUCCCGGCACCAAAGUUCUGGCCUGUUGGACCGACUGUCGUUUCUACCCAGCCAAAAUCCUGCGUGUCAACAAUGAUGAUUCCUACACAGUACGCUUCUAUGAUGGCGUGGUUCGGACUGUGAAGCCCACCAAGGUCAAAGCCUUACAGAAAAAAUCAAAAUGUGAGAAAAAAGCUCAAGGAAGUGAGGGUUUGGAAGAGGGAGAGAGUGAAGAGGAGUGUGAGGAAGGAGGCAAAGAGGAAGAAGAGGAGAAAGAGGAAAAACCGGAAGGUGAAAGAGGGCUACAACCGUCUUCGUCGUCAUCAUCGUUGCCUCCACCUGCAGUCGAGAAGAGUCUUUCUCUAUCACCAGGUGGAAACAAUGAGACUCAAAAGCAGCCAAUUACAAGCGAGCUCAGCCAGCCUGCUGUACCAAACCCCACACAUAUUGAGAAAGAUGUGCUGUUGGAGCGCCAAGCCCAUUUGCCCACUACUCACAAAUUCAGCAGAGAACCAUUGUACAGGGUGAUCAAGAACCAGCCACCCCCCAUCCUCUCCAUUGAACUUGACCACAAUCCUUUCAAAUGUUCAUCUGAGGGUUGCACCAAAUCCUUCCGGAAAGCCAGUCUGCUACACUACCAUAUCAAGUACUACCACUCAGAGCAGCAGCCGCUGGAAGAACAAAGCAGUACAACAGUGGUGGACCAGCCCAGGAGGAAGCGUUCAUCAUCUGAAGAGGGCCACUUCCUGUAUGACAUGGCAAGUGUCGCAUGUAACCAUGAUGAGAAAGAGCACAAGACUACGGUAACAGCAGGGAUGAAGGGGGACAAAAGUUAUCAAGACAGGAAAGAGAGGAAAAACUUCCUGAGGGUCAAACUGAAAAAAAAGAAGAAGAAGAAAAAGAAGAAAAAGACAAAUCAAUCAGAAGUUUGCAGUAGUGACAACGAGGGCUUGACAUUAUCUCCCAUCAUGUUCAAACUGAACGAGGAGCACCCCAGCACUCACACAUUGGACGAUGGCAGCGACUGGUCAACGCUGACAGCGGAGAGCGGCGAGGACGCACCCUUCUGGUCGUUCACCACAGGGACAGAGGAUUAUGAGGUGGUUAGGUGUGUUUGCGAGGUGGAUGAGGAGAAUGACUUCAUGAUCCAGUGUGAGUCGUGUUUGUGUUGGCAGCACGGCACCUGUAUGGGCUUGUAUGAGGACAACGUCCCACGCAACUACAUCUGCUACCAUUGCAGACAUUGUUCAGGUUGGCGGCGGACUCAGUGUUACCUGUCCGAGCCCGACAUGUUGACUUCCGGGCGCAUGUUCGGCCUGUCUUUUGUGAGGGAAAACUACUCAGACAGCAACGCCUCUACCAUUAUGCAAACUAGCGGCCUCCUGGCACACACACACAGCCUCAAUCAGGUCCUCAGCGGGCUGCAGCUGAAGAUCAGCCUCUUACGCGCUCCGUCACACCCUGACCUACAGCUGUGGCGGUUGCCAUGGACGCUGGAGGAGGAGCAAAAACCAAGAGGAGAGACCCCCAUCAGUUAUGUCAGCAGCGAACACUGUUACCAGAAGCCCGGUGCGUCAUGGGAAAAGGCACAGGACAAGCCAACGGCCGCUGUGAAACAGGAAAUAUGGGAUGAGGAGGAUAAGGAAAUAAAGCGCGGAGACAAGCUAUGUUUUGAAGGUGACUGGCGCAGCCAGGCUAAAAGAGCGAAGAACUUGUGCACGAAUGGCGACGAAGGGGAUAUGUGCGCUCGCAUGGCGACCUCGCCAACCUCAGUGACCAUGUGCCAGCUUAAUCUGCUUGAGCAUGUCGAAGGUCUACACCAGCAGAUCAGCACCAGGAUGGACAUAAUCGAGAAGGACAUUGAUGUUUUGGAGUCAUGGCUGGACCACUCUGGUGAGCUAGAACCUCCUGAGCCGUUGACCCGCUUGCCGCAGCUCAAACAGCGAAUCAAACGUCUGCUUCACGACCUGUCCAUCGUGAGACAACUUUCCGUGCGACAUUGGCACUCCAGCUAACAAAGAGGAACUCUCCUUGCACAUCGGACAAAUGACACAAACACCCAGCCCCAAAAUGACAGAGACAGAUGUAUUCCUCUUUCUGCAGUUUACUAACUUCACUCUGUCCAGGACAUCAAUGCAUUGACCUUAGCAUGAUCUACUUGCUUUAUUUCAUUACUUUGUACAUUGUUGCUCUAUUUGAUUUGUUAACAACUAAUAGGGUUUUUGUUUUUCUAGAGUCUAGACCCACAGCAUGUUGCUUUUGUUUUAAAUAUAAAAAAAACUAUACUCAUAUCAACAGAUAACCAUAACUCAUGCAUUUGUCCAGAAUUACAUGUACACCACUUGGAUAAAGGUUUUACAACAACCAGCUGACUCUCAACUGCUGGGUUAAUUAUGAACCCAGAUUUUUUUUUUAGCAUGAUGACCAGUGGGCUGGAUCUUUGGUCAUCUCCUCUUCCGCCUCACCCAGCGACAAGUGUGAAAACCAAGCGCGUGUCCAAAACAAUGAACUCAUUUCUCUAGCGCUUAGACACAUCACCAAAUACUAUUGUCCAUGCACUCUGCUAACCAAUGACCUCAUAGAGCAAUCGAAGUUUCGUUCAUCUCACUUAAGUGAGUGGCUUAGGUGAUUCAAAUGGUGAAUGGUGGAUGCAGCAUUUCAUUACCAAGCAAUUGAUACUUUUUAAGCUCUGUAGUAAGGGAAUGUGGCACAUGGCAUCGCCAAACAUAAAAAACACCCUACCCUCACACAACUUAGCCAAACAAUAUUCUAACCUUAUUAUCUGAUAGCAAGGUGAUCACCCAAUGGAAGAACUUCACAAUGUAUUGUAAAGUGAUAGAAUUUUUACAGCCACUCUGUUAUUUUUUGCUGGAACUUUGCCCAUUGCCUGAGCGAGACAGUGGUGGUGGUGUGUUUGGGGGUGUUAUUGUCUUAACUAACCUCACUACCGGUAACGGGGAAAAAAAGUUUUAACUAAGAAAUAAUUAAGACAAAUAUUUUCAACCAUAAUGGAUGAGCAGGCACUCAAAAGACACAACUAUUUGUAUACAACACACAAAGUCACCUUUGACUUUUUGCAGGCAUCCCAGGAUUUAUAUCCAAGCGGAGAUGAAGAUUUUACUCACUGAUUGGUGGCGUUGUCCUGCACACUUAGAGCAAGCAAAAUGUUUCUAUUCAUGUAUAUGAAACUAAACUGUAUGAAAUUGUGAGUUUAUUUUGAUGGUAUUAAACUCAAAUAAUAUCACUCAUGUA